UUCUAGUUUCUUUAAUGAAAUUGUAUCAGAUACUGAAUCGAAAGCCUUUUGAAGAUCUAGGAAAACUGCAACAGUCUUAUUUCCAUCUUGUAAAUUUUCAAGCACAUGUCCUAUAAGUUCUUGUAGAGAUUGCUCUGUAUUGCAAUUUUUGCUGAACCCAAAUUGACUGUUCGAUAUUAUGUCAUAUUCACAUAUUAAGAACAAAGUCUGCUAUUCAAAUACUUCCCAAAAAUCUUCCCAUAUACAUCGAUAACUGAAAUAGGAAUUACUGAGGAUUUAAAACAGUGGUUGAUAAUAUUACAAACUAUUUGCUGUAAUUCUAUGUUAUCCACUGGAGUUAGAAAUAUAUAGUGAGCAAUGUUGACGACAUGAAGAUCUGAUGUAUCAAGAAUUAGAGUUUUGAUCAAUCUGAUCUGUUAUUUGCUCACGUAUAUCAACAAAAUACUUAUUAAAAACACAGGCAUAUCAGUGGGAGCGUCCAGCUGCUGAUUAUUAUGAUUAAUUGAUUUUACGUCAUUUUUUUAAAUUUUGUCAGCA